AUGGCCCAGUCUCCAACCAACGACGUUCUCUACGGUUCUGACAAAGAUGAUUCUACUUUUGACAAUAUCUCGUCCACAACCUCUGAAUUGGAUGGUGCAGCAGAGGCAGAUACUCCUCCAGAUGAAACUCCAGAAGAGCGUGAGAAGAGGAUGACUGAGUGGAGAGAGGAACUGCAGAAGGUUGAAUCAGAAAUUGUAAUGUUGCGUCAAGUGUUGGGUAGCAAAGUGCGCCACGCAAAUGAACUGAAGCGAAAGCUUGGCAUCACACCAUUCCAGGAAUUCAAACAUGAUCUGCAGCAGGGACUUGAGCAGAUCAAGAACUCUGAAUCAUACCAAAGGACAAAUGACACUUUACAUCAGUUAAAUGAAAAGAUAUCACAGACGCAGGCUUACCAGAAGACCUCCGCUGUAGUGAAGACUGCAACCGAAAAAACAUCGAGUGCCAUCAACACUGUAGGCCAGGCAGUGAUCAAGAAGAUGGGGGAUAUUAAGAACUCUCAGACAUUCAAGUCAUUUGAUGAAAAGGUCCACACAACAUAUGCAAGUGUUAAGGCAAAAGUCACUGGCAGUCGGUCAUCAGGUGAGAUAGACAAGGCUUUCAGAGAUGCCGAAGAUGACAGUGAUAGAGCUGUGACUCCGGAAGCAACUGAAGAUGCUUCUGUAGUUCAUCUCCCUUAA